UGUUCUAUCAUCUGCUAAAUUCUCUUUGCAUGCACUUAUGGGGAAAGCACUUUGGUGGUGUUUGGUUUUGACAUGCCUUUUGGCUCCUCUACCAGGUGAUGGAUUGACGAUGAACUUGCAGAAUUAUUGUGAGAGUUGGAGGAUGAAUGUGGAGCUGCACAACAUUAGGGACUUCCAAGUUGUGCCUGAAGAAUGCACUGAGUACAUUGGAAAAUAUGUCACUUCAACACAGUACAAAGUGGACUCACAGAGAACAACUGAAGAGUGUCUGGUUUACCUCAGCACAAGCUGUAAUCUGAAGAAAGAUGGUUUCGAUGCUUGGAUUUUUGACAUCGAUGAUACCUUGCUUUCAACUCUUCCUUACUACGAGGAUAAUCUCUAUGGGGGAAGGAAACUGAGUGUGACAUCUCUAGAGGAAUGGAUGAAAAAGGCUAAUGCACCUGCUCUUGAUCACUCGUUGAAGCUUUACAAUGAACUUAAAUACAGGGGUGUGCAAAUCCUUUUGGUUACUUCAAGGAAGGAGCAUCUCAGAUCAGCCACAAUCGACAACCUCGUAGCAGCUGGUUACUAUGGUUGGACUAAAAUUAUCUUUAGAGAUCCUGCAAAUGAAUUGGUAUCAGUGAAAAAGUAUAAAUCUGAUGUGAGAAAGAAAAUAAUAAAUGAUGGUUAUCGCAUUUGGGGCAUUCUGGGGGACCAAUACAGUAGCAUUGAAGGAAUUCCAAGCCCCGAAAGGGCAUUUAAACUCCCAAAUCCAAUGUACUAUGUUGCCUAAUGUGUAAUUGUAUUGUUUCUUCCUCAUUUACAACUUUUAUUAAAGAGUAAUUUGUUCCAUGCAA